AUGGUUAUUAAAAUUAAGAUCUACCUGGCUAUCAGGAUUGGGAACUACUUGAAUAUUAAAAUUAGGAACUACCUGGUUAUUAGGAUUUUGGACUACCUGAAUAUUAGGAUUAGGAUUUACCUGGCUAUCAGGAUUGGGAACUACUUGAAUAUUAAGAUUAGGAUCUACCUGGUUAUUAGGAUUUUGGACUACCUGAAUAUUAGGAUUAGGAUCUACCUGGCUAUCAGGAUUGGGAACUACUUGAAUAUUAAGAUUAGGAUCUACCUG